CAAACCAGACGAUUUACAUGCUUUUCACGAGGGAUAACACGGAAGUAGGCGAUGAAAGGAAAGGAUACCAAACGAGCGGGUUUCCUCGUGGCUCGUAAAAGAGUCAAGUCUGUCGCUCUACUGAUUCAUCGUUCCUUCGUUAUCGUAUGCUGUGUCAGGUGAAACUGGCUCAGCGUAAUAAAAAAUUCUGCGUCGCCGAAAACUAUUGGACAGACGGACGGACGGACUGACCGACCGACAGACAGACAGACGGACGGACAGACGGACAGACGGACGGACAGACAGACAGACAGAGAGAGAGAGAGAGAGAGAGAGAAACAGACAGAGAGGGAGAGAGAGAGAGAGAGGACAAGGUAAGAGGAGGUCAAGCUUCGUAAGGUUGAAAAAGAAAGAAGAGAAGAAAGUGCAGGCUACAGCAACCGUCGAGGACGCACUUGUGGCGUCGUAACGACGUCCUUCUUGAGCAAAAAUGGGAAAAAAAAGGCACGUUCGACCAUAUCGCCAUUUACACGUUAGUCGUCUUCUUCUUCUUCCUCUCUUUCUUUUUCUAAUAGGUAUUGUUAAAUUCAGUUGUACGCCAUGAAUGAGAUAAAGAUAGAGAUAGAAUAAUACGCUGCAAAGAUGCGCGCGCUUUGCUCCAUUUUACGGCUCUACUCCGUGCAUCCAAUUGUAGAUUGUAUUAUAUUAACCAUUGCACCCAACGUAAUAAUCCAGCGACGCAUCGGGUUUACAUAUAUUUGACGGCACUCCCCUCGUCUAUCAAUUACAAACCAACGGCACUUGUAAUUCCGCUUAGUCGCAAGAUCAUAAACGUUUUACGGUGGACGACCCAGAGUGGCUCGGAUUGCACACCGGUGGCCCUUUCUACGUACAUAUGUAUACGCGUACGUGGUACGCCUCGGAGGAGGAAUAUUUAUUAUAAUAAGACUUGUAAGAACGCGCUAUAUAUCCAUCCAACGAUCUACGUCAAUCGAGAUGAAAAUUUAUCGAUUUCACAUACUCGAGAAUCUUGAAGCAAUGCAAUUUAUUCGCGAGAAAGAAUCUAACGCGAGACAGUGGGGCACGUUAGCGCGCGAGUUACCUCGACGAUUAACCGGAAGUGACGGGUUGCGGUGUACGCGGCGAACCGCUCGCCGUCGCUAACAGCGCUCAGCGCAAAUCGUUCUCGAUGGAGAAUAUCGCGAAUGCUUUGCAAUGACAUUCGAAUAUCUAUAUGGUAUAUUGAGUUACGGUCUUGCGCAAAAGAACGUACCAAUUUCCUUUUGAAUCAUUUUUCCAAAGAAUCUUAACGAGUAGGGAACUUUUAGUAGGGACCGAUGAAAAAGAAAAGAAAAGAAAAGGAAAGAAAAGAAAAAAAAGGAAAAAAUUGAAAAUAAAGAUAAAGGAGAACGAAACGUCAAAUUUCAAUCGGAUUUCUCUUCGUUUUCAUUCGAAUUUCUCCAAUGGAUAGGAGUUGCUCACGCUUUUACGAAUGCCCGCGUUGAUCUUUUGAUACUAUAGGACUCACCUCCAUAGAACGUAUUAGAACCGAUAUACGUAUAUGUAACCUAUAUAUAUAUAUAUAUAUAUAUAUACAUAUCGGUAGCGCGAAAUUGUCCGUUUGCGCUAUCCUUUUUCCCCGGUCGACGAGCUUUUAGCUUAUUUGACUCUUUCACGAGGUACGAGGACGAUGACGGCAACGACGACGAUGACGGGAACGACGACGAUGUCAAAACGAGCGCGUCCAAGGCAUACCUCCCGUUCAUUCGCAAAGGAUGUUAAAUAGAGGUACGAGCAACCAAAUCGAUACGCUCCGAUUCCCAUUCCACUUUUGUUUUACCGUUAAUUCGCAUCAGGUCACUCUACUCGGGCUCGAAUGCGAUCGUAAUCGUUUUGAUUAUAGACCGAACGACGAUGCAAAUCAUUUCUUUCGCUUUCCGCAUCACCGAACGAUAUAUUUACGGAAUUCUAUUCUAAACGGCGUUAACGAUUCGAGAUUCGUUAUUUCCUCUGACAAAAGUUGUCGGCAGUGUCGUCUAUAUCGAUCUCUCCUUCGACGAUUUGAAUUUCGAAGCCGCAUCCGAGAGAGUCUGCUGACCUCUUCGACUCCAUACCUACUAGGAUAAUAUUGAGGUGUGUGUGUGUGUGUGUGUGUGUGUGAAAUAUACACACGUAUAUCCAACAGUUUCGUAUUCGCCCCGGUUAGCUGCUGAAUAAGAGGGAGGGAAAAGAUAUUCUAUCUGAGCGCGCGUUAACUCGCGAUUCUCCAGCCGCAUCGGGGAUGCUUGGGAAUGCUCGAAUAUUCCAAUAUAGGUAUAGCCUACAUUCGGCCAUUUCUGCCGAAUGGAAUUGCGUGUCACGCGCGCCUCGUCGAAUCAAUUUCGAGCUACGGCCGAAGCGUCGCUCGAAAAAACGAUACUUUUUCAUUUCGACUAUAUUUCUAGAUUUGCCUCUAUAUAUUUCUCCCUGUCGAAGAAACGUGAAAUCUGCCUUUGUAAUUCUACGCUAUUCGAGUGAAAAAUUAGAAGCAAAUUUCAAGAAAUAUCAGGUGCGAUUUUUAUAGAGUAAGUAGUAAUUGAAAAUUAUAUCGGCUCGUGAUCCUUCCGAUUCGACGUUCGACGAACGACGACGAGUCCCCCGAUUGUACAAACUAUCCUACGUAUCGCCUAAAGAACAAUACCAAGGAAACGAUAAAGGACACAAACGGAAUGGGGAGAUAUAUCGACGUUCCCGGGAUAUUACUCUUCGAAAUAUAAUAGUCGAGAAAUUCUUGUAAAAUUAAAAUAAAAUUCAUCCAUUCGACUAUCCAUAUUAUCCAUUUUUCCAGAUUCCGUAUAAGCGUUCGAUGCGUCCGAGAAGAAGAGAAAAAGAAAAGAAAAGACGCGUGAUUUUAUGUAAAAUAUGCGUGCGUGCGUGCGUGCGUGCGUGCGUGCGUGCGUACGUACCGAUCGGCCGUCGGUGAUCGAAAAGACCGAUAAAAGAGCGAUAGAAAAUAACCAUACAUAUUUCGAGAUAUUACGCUUAAAUUACAUCGCCGACUUUUUCGAUCCGAACCUAUCGGCGACAUAAUCGAAAAUCCACGUGUCUCAUCGUUCUCGCCCGAGACAACCCAAUUUCUCCAAGAUGAACUCGGCCCCGUGUCCUGGUAUCCAUCAUCCAAAGUGUUCGAAGGAGACCAAGAAAAAAGGAUAAGAAAAAAAAAAAAAAAAGAAAAAAAAAGAAAAAAAAGAAAAAAAAAAGAAAAAAAAGAAAAAAAAGGAAAAAAAAGAAAAGAAAAAGAAAAAAAAAAAAAGAAGAAAAAGAAGAAAAGGAAAAGCUUCGAAUGUCGAUAUCGGAUCUACGAGGGCCUGCCUUCUACGAGGGUGCAUAAACUUUUCUCUUAAAACUAUUUACCAAGAGACGUAAGGGAGAUGCGGUCGGCGAGGUAAAGGGGCUUACCAAGAAAGGAAGUAAGGAAGAAAAAAGGAUAGAAAGUGUAAAAAUAAGAAAGCGAGAGAAGAAUCUUCGAGCUGAAAUUGUAUCGCUUGUGAUGCAUUACACCUUUAUCGUUACAAUAAUAACGUCGUCAUAUCAUAUACGUUGGUACAACGAAUGAUAUCGAAUCGAAAUGGUUUAGAUAUCGUGAUUUUAAAUAAAAUUGAAAUUAUUUCGGUACGCGUUUAACAACGAAAACUGAUAUUUUUCGUUAACAGAAAUAUCAUUUCCGAUGUAGUAGUUUUCAUUUAAAUCCAAAAGAGAUAGAUCAUUAUCAUAAUUAUAAUAUUAAUAUCGAAGAUUCGAAAUUUUUAUCGUCAUUCCAAUUUCAUAUUAUAUGGAUAUUAAUAAUGAAUAUUAAUUAUCUAUAAUGUGAAAAGUAAAAAUGUCAGUACCCAAAUAUCAUUGGUGAGAGUUUUUGAUCGAAAGUAAACGAAGAUGGACAGCGGGAGAUAGGAGGAUGAAGACAGAGAUAGAGAAAGAGCAGAGAUAUAGGAAGGCAUCGAAACGAAACACACAAUUUCACUAGAGGAGGUUAUCCCCUGUGAAAGCGGAUACGAGGUGGAAAGGUGGAUGAAGCGCAGGGCUGAAUAAGGGUGGAGUAAAAAGAUCAUACGGAAAGAAUUAUGGAAAUAAAGCGUGGGCUCCAGAGUAGCUCGGGGCGCUUCCCGCCUCGCUCUCUCUCUCUCUCUCUCUCUCUCUCUCUCCCGCACCUGCAGAAAGAACUGGAUGAUGCUGCAGUGCAAGUUGCAGACAGCUUGCACGAACCGCUAAGAACGUAUCGACGCUUAGACGUUCGUCGUAGCCGCAACGAGGACUGCGUCGAGCAAGUACCCAUAUCGCACAUCGUGGCACUGGUCGGAGAUCCCACCUAUCUUCCCUGCGACAUAUCAACUACCCACGAAGGAGAUUCGGUACAUCUUGUGCUCUGGUAUCGCGAGGAUCUUGGAACAUCGGUUUACAGCGUCGACGCCAGAGAUCGAGACUUUGGUAUAGCCGAGAGAUGGUCGGACGACACGGUGUUCUCGAGUCGAGCUUACUUCAUGCCAGACAAGAAACCGGCCGAGCUGGGCGUGGAUCACAUAAGGGAGGAAGACGCUGGUAUUUAUCGGUGUCGGGUCGACUUCCAAAUCGGCCAAACGCGAAACUCCAAAGUCAAUUUAACGGUGAUAGUUCCACCUCACAGAAUCGUGAUCGUCGACGAAAGAGGCAUCGCUCGGGACAAGACGGCAGGACCCUACGCGGAUGGCGACUCCUUGCGGCUCUACUGUGACGUGUAUGGCGGCAAGCCGCCGCCCACUGUGACCUGGUACCGUAACAACAAUUUCAUGAAUAACAAAACGAUGAACGUACGUAGCGGCGUGACGCGCAGCGAGAUCGUGAUAAAAAAUUUGGGACGAGACGACGUUCUCUCGGAGCUGACCUGCAACGCGACGAAUAAUAACAGAUCGCUCCCGCUGUCCUCGACCAUUCGACUGGAUAUGAAUUUCAGCCCGCUGGAAGUGAAAAUAAGGGAUGCUAAUCAGCCUCUAUCGGCCGGCAAAAGGUACGAGCUCGUAUGCAGGACUUCCGGUUCGCGACCACCGGCGAUUGUGACCUGGUGGAGGAAUGGUCAACGUUUAGUGGAUUCCAAGGAAACGACCUCGAGCGAUGGGAACACGACCAGCAGCGUCUUAUCUUUCAUGGCGACCAAAGCAGAUGCCGGUAGACACUUGUCAUGCCGAGCUGAAAAUUCGAUCAUGGGAAGCGCGCCGAUAGAGGACGACUGGAUACUCGAGAUACAAUACACGCCGGAGACGAAAAUACAACUGGGAACAUCCUUGGACCCUAGCACCAUUCGAGAAGGUAUGGACGUCUAUUUCGAUUGUCUGAUACAAGCGGAGCCGCCGGUUACCAAAGUCGAGUGGCGUCAUCAGGGCAAGGCACUUUAUCACAACGUAACGCAAGGUAUUAUAAUCAGUAACCAGAGUUUGGUACUCCAAGGAGUCGACCGCAAGAGCGCUGGCAAUUACACGUGCGUGGGAUACAACGUCGAGGGCGAUGGGGAAAGCUCGCCUUUCUAUUUGAACGUCAUGUUCGCUCCAACUUGCAAGCCGAACCAAACAAAGUUCCACGGUGUUGCUAAACAAGAAAAGGCCAACAUAUCCUGUCAAGUGGAAGCGAAUCCCGCGGAAGUACAGUUCCGGUGGACGUUCAACAAUUCUGCGGAGAGUAUCGACGUUGCCGCGGGUCAUAUCGCCAGAGCAGGCACAUCCUCGAUCGUUUCGUACACGCCAAUGACGGAAUUGGAUUACGGAACGUUGCUAUGUUGGGCCACGAAUCGUAUAGGGCAUCAACAAGUGCCUUGCGUCUAUCACAUUAUACCCGCCGGUCGUCCGGAUAUGGUACACAAUUGUACUACCUCUAACACAUCGACCAACUCGUUUUCGGUGCGAUGCACCGAGGGCUUCAACGGCGGCUUACCGCAAUCCUUUCUUCUCGAGGUGAGGGAGAGCAACAGCCAGGAAUUGCGUGCAAAUUUAACGUCGCCGGUGCCGCGUUUCAGCGUCGCUCAACUCGAGUCCGGUGCUCUUUAUCAGGCGUGCAUUUACGCGUACAACGAUAAAGGACGCAGCGAGGCAAUGGUCGUGCAGGCAGGAACGUUGAGGCUCCCUGAAAAACAAUUAACAUCCGAGUCAGAAAGGCCACGGCAAAACGUUAGAUUAACGCCGAUGUUCAGUGUCAUGAUCGGCGUGAUAACGGCCUUGAUAAUCGUCGCGGUAAUAGUCAUGAUCGUUUUGAGGAUCCAACACACGAACGUCGAGGAACGUGGCAAAUCGCAAAUGGAGGAACAUGGGAAGCAAACGAAAUCGGUCCCGAUACAGCGCGAACUGAGAUUCCGCGAAGGUAGCAGCCUUCUCAACGACGAAAAGCAUCCAGGUAGUCCAUUCAGGAAAUUGGAAACAAGCGGUGACUUGAGUGAGAGCGACGAAAAGAAUCCGGACAUUAUACCUCAACAAAUUACCGGAGACGAGCCCUCGGAAUACUUGAGAAAAAGACGAUUGGUAUCGACGAUAGAAACCUCUCCGUCUAGAAGUCUCUUGGAACACUCUACCAUCACUUCUUUAACCGGGCACGGCAGCUACGUUGGCUACUGCACCAUUCGCAACGGGAUGCCCCUGCACGAAUUUUCAAAUUUAUCUACCAAACACAAAAGUCCCAUCAUCGGGAGCGUGUACGACGAUGGAGUGUGCACCCUACCGAGACAACACUGGCCGACUCAGAACGUUCAAUCGAUGACGAUGAGUCCACCGAUGUUGUACACAGGGUUAGGAGUCGUCGGCAGGACCUGUCCAAGUACAUGCACGCUCUUGUCGAAGGACAUCGAAACGAGAGUUCCUGCUCAGUGCUGCGUCCAGUCGCAAAAAGAGGCGACCGUGACUACACCCGUUGUGAUGGCCAAAAGAGAAAGCUCGGUGUGACGCUGUAAUUGACGAAUCCUUGAGAACUACACCAUGUAUUAGAAAAGAAAAAAAGAAGAUUCAUUGUUAAUUAUCUUAUCGCUUGCGAAAGAAGUACGAAAGAGAGAGAAAACGUAUGUGACGCACGUCGUAUGUGAGUUCAACAACACAAGCCUCUUUUAUUUUAACAAAUUUAUUUCCUACCCCAUAAAUGAUAUCGUCAUUUUACGAACUUAUGUUGAAUCAAGUGCCCUUUUUAUAUUAAAGGAAGACUUUGAAACUGAUACUGCGUCGAUGAAUGUGUAUGGAUGUGAAUCGAGAGAGAGAGAGAGAGAGAGAGAGAGCGCGCGCGCGAGCGAGCCGUGUGUACGAACGCGUGACAUUUAGUACGAAUGCCUACACAUACACGUGUGUAGUACGUGCCUGCGUGUGCUUGUACAUAUAUAAAUAUACAUAUGUACAGUUGAGAAUGAGAAAGUGUGUAUAUAUACAGGCACACGCAUGUACCUCCAUGCAUACACUUGAGAAUACACAAAGGAACACAUAUACACAGCGUCGCGUAAUUUAUGUACUGUAUAUACCUUUGGAACAUGGAAGAUAUUUUAUACAAAUCAAUAGCAUAAAGUUUAUUCAACUUUUACUACGGUACAUACUGUACAAUUUGUCUAGUCGAUGUAAGUAAAAAAUACGUAGACGAAAUUCAAAAAUCGAUCGUGCAACCAGAAUAACGUAUACUGAAAAGGGUUAAUUCGUUGGUGCGAUAUCGUGUGAAAAAUCGAUCGCACGGCGCGGCGUGCCGGAGCCGGCAAAAGUUAAAAACGUAGACUGUUGGGAAAGGGGAUCGAAAGCGAGGAAACGCGAUAGAAACAUAUCGUUUGGUUUUUCACCAUGAAAACCGAACAAAACGUUUGAAAAGGGGGGAGGGGAGAGAGAGAGAGAGAGAGAGAGAGAGAGAGAGAGAGAGUGUGUGUGUGUGUGAGUGUGUAAAGGAAUAACGCGUUCGAACAAAAAAAAAAAAAAAAAAAAAAGAAAAAAAGAAAAAAAGAAAAAAAGAAAAAAAAAGAUAAAAAAGGAAAAAAAGAAAAAGGAGGAAAAAAGAAAACGAACGACGACGACGACGACGAAAAGCAAGUCAAAGCAAGUCCCCUGGUUUCUUUCAGUCUACAAUAUUCUGGAUUUUAUUGUAACGUUAACUAUCUGUAUGAUAAUGUCUUUAAAAGAAAA